AUAAGUGUUGAGAUUCCUUGGAUUUCCGUAUGUGGAAUGGAAGCGUUGUUCGUUAACUUUUUGGUUUGGAUGUGUGAAGAAGUUCCUACACAUUCUCUUGACUGCCUCCUCCCUUUUGUGCUUGGCGGUAGAACUGUUCUUGAUAUUGCCAAUCUCGGCCCCCUUUACUCCUUGGUAGGUAAAAAUUUAGCGGAUGACCACUAUUUCUUGAGAAAAAGUCGGCGCGAGAGGAGAUGUAUAAGGAGAGGUGAAAUUCUCGUCCAAAUUGGAUUUCCUCAUCAUCAAUAUCAUAAAGACACUUCAAUCAUCGCUUUUAGCUUCAUAUCAUACUGUAAAAAUCAUUGCAAUCUUAUCACUCUAGUACCACUCGAAAAAACAAUUUCAACAAAUCAAUAUGAAGUUUACACUUGCCGCCGCAACUGCAACAUCCAUUCUUUUCGCAUCUACCGUUACCGCCUCUCCCACAGAUGGAUACGGAACAUAUGCAUCCUACGGAAGUUACCAAUGGGCUAAUGGGGCUCCUGUGAACGGUGAUCAGGUUUCCAAUAACAAUCCAAAAACCACGGAUAAGCCAGCGGAUAUGCCCGUCCCACCACCUGCUCAGAAAGGCGGAUCUCCCUUUGUAUUUACCAGCACAUACAAUGUAGUUGCUCUAGGAUCUGAAGUCAGAAAUGGCACCGUAUCAGUUCCGGGUCCUUCCAACGCUAUCGGAUAUUUCAACUAUGGUAUCAAUGCUCAUGAAGACACCAUCUGCUAUGUAAGUACUUUUUGAGAUACCACACCGUUAAUCAUUUCCUAAUAACACUACUAGAAUAUCACUCUCAUCAAUGUUCCUGGAACUUAUCAAUCCCUAGCCAGAACGGCCACUCACAUUCAUGAAGCAGCCCGGGGUACAUCUGGUCCUCCUCGUCUUGCUUUUCCAAACCCAAUUGGAUAUGAUUCUCGUCGCAUAAGUGUUGGUUGUAUGACUGGUCCAUUCACAACUGGUCUUAAUGGUGCAGAUGGAAAGGAUACUGGCACAGGUUUUAAGGUUUCUCGAAUUGAAGCUAACCCAGCUGGAUUCUUCGCUGAUGUUCACACAAACUUGUUCCCCUUGGGUGUUGUUAGAGGCCAAUUGGCAUAGACGUGUAUAUAGAAGAGAACACCUUCGUUUUAAAACAUGAAUACUUUGGUUCAGUGAAUAGAUAGUCGGGUAUAAUGUUCCAAAGAAUUAUUAUAUAUAAUUUUUCUAUCAUUAUAAGUUUAAUACCUCACUUUCGGACCACCUUUAAUUCGGACUACUUUUUUAUAUCAAAAAUCAUUAUUUUUAUCUAUUAAUAACUUUUUCAUUUUUUUGAUAUAAUUCCUUCAGAUUUUAAUUACAAAUUAAUUAUUUGAAUAAUAGUAGAUUCUAGAAACUUUAGAUUUUUUUUUGUUUUAUUUUUUUUUUUUUGAUUAAGAUAC